CAGUCAGCUGAGGGUCACGUGGCCGCGGCCGCUCUCUAGGCCGGGAUUGGUCUCCGGGCGCGGGGUUUGGUGCCGCGGGGCUCCGGAACUGCUCGCUCCGGACCGGGCUCAUGAUGCGCGGCGGGCAGGGCGCGGUGGGAGCCCGGGUGCUCCAGUUCACCAACUGCCGCAUCCUGCGCGGAGGGAAGCUGCUCAGGGAGGACCUUUGGGUGCGCGGCGGCCGCAUCCUGGACCCGGAGAAGCUCUUCUUUGAGGAGCGGCGCGUGGCCGACGAGCGGCGGGACUGCGGGGGCCGCAUCUUGGCGCCCGGCUUCAUCGACGUGCAGAUCAAUGGUGGAUUUGGUGUUGACUUCUCCCAGGCCACGGAGGACGUGGGUUCGGGGGUUGCCCUGGUGGCCCGGAGGAUCCUGUCGCACGGUGUCACCUCCUUCUGCCCCACCCUGGUCACUUCCCCACCGGAGGUUUAUCACAAGGUUGUUCCUCAGAUCCCUGUGAAGAGUGGUGGUCCCCAUGGGGCAGGGGUCCUCGGGCUGCACCUGGAGGGCCCCUUCAUCAGCCGGGAGAAGCGGGGCGCACACCCCGAGGCCCACCUCCGUUCCUUCGAGGCCAAUGCCUUCCAGGACUUGCUGGCCACCUACGGUACCCUGGACAAUGUCCGCAUCGUGACGCUGGCCCCGGAGCUGGGCCGUAGCCACGAGGUGAUCCAGGAGCUGACGGCCCGAGGCAUCUGCGUGUCCCUAGGGCACUCAGUGGCCGACCUUCGGGCGGCAGAGGAUGCUGUGUGGAGCGGAGCCGCCUUCAUCACCCACCUCUUCAAUGCCAUGCUGCCUUUCCACCACCGCGACCCAGGCAUCGUGGGGCUCCUGACCAGUGACCGGCUGCCCAUGGGCCGCUGCAUCUUCUACGGGAUGAUUGCAGAUGGCACGCACACUAACCCUGCUGCCCUGCGGAUUGCCCACCGUGCCCACCCCCAGGGGCUGGUGCUGGUCACCGAUGCCAUCCCUGCCCUGGGCCUGGGCAACGGCCGGCACACGCUGGGACAGCAGGAAGUGGAAGUGGAUGGGCUGACGGCCUAUGUGGCAGGCACCAAGACGCUGAGUGGCAGCAUAGCCCCCAUGGAUGUCUGCGUCCGGCAUUUCCUGCAGGCCACAGGCUGUAGUGUGGAGUUGGCCCUGGAAGCUGCAUCCCUGCACCCUGCCCAGUUGCUGGGGCUGGAGAAGAGUAAGGGGACCCUGGACUUCGGUGCUGAUGCAGACUUCGUGGUGCUCGACGACUCCCUCCACGUCCAGGCCACCUACAUCUCGGGUGAGCUGGUGUGGCAGGCGGAGGCAGCCAGGCAGUGAGGAGGACCUCUGCUGAGAGCGCGCCCGGCCGCAGCUGAAUGCCGUCGGGGCUGGGUGGUUGGGGAGCUGGACUCCAGGGAGCGAGCUGGGAGCCCUACUGGGCUGAUGCCCAGGGCCUGUGUGCCCGCCCUGGAGGCGGUGGCUGGGAUAAAUGUGUACCCAGUAGGAUUUGA